ACCCGAACCAGGACGAAAUCCCCAAUCCCCAGACGUUGAUACGAGUAUACGAGGCCGCAUCAAGCACGCAAUCGCCGUCAGCUCGGUCUACGGCCCCGUACCGGUAUUCCACCGCUUGCACGCCAACGCGAACGCCGGCCGCCAUGGCCUCCUCUGAGUCUCCCAAUACCGCGCCUGCGGCCGCGGCCGUCGCUUCCCAACCGGCCCGCGAUUUCCUCGCCCACCUCGAGGCCUAUCUCGCCCGCCGCGACGGCGUCGACAAGCUCCUCAAGAUUUCCCGCUACGCCACGCGCCUCGCGCUCGCCGCCGGGCCCCCGCUGCCCCCCGGCGCCUCCGCCCGCCUCAAGUCCUUCGAGUCCAGCGUCGGCCUCAGCCGCAAGGCUUUCCGUCUCGGCAAGUUCGUGCAGUCCCUCAACGCCCUCCUCGCCCACCCGCACCCUCCCCCGUCCCUCGCGCUACUCGCCUACGGCGGUGAGGGCGUCUACUACUUCGUCGAGCAGUUCGUCUGGAUCGCCAAGGCCGGGCUCCUGCCUGCGCACCUUCUUCCGCGCCUCCAGCGUCUCAGCGCCUGGGCUGAGCUGCUGGGCUACGUCGGUUCCAUUUUAAUUAAGCUGGAGGAGGUGGCUAAGAUCGAAUCUUCGAUAAAGAAGCGGCUCGUGAAGGACUGUGAUAAGGAGAGCGAGGCGGUGAAGACUAUGCAGGGUAAACUGCUGCUGAAGCGGAUGUCAGUGGUGCAGGACGUGGCGGAUGCCGUCAUGGCUCUGGGAGACGUCACCGAUGGCAAGGGUUUGCUCGGGAGCUCCACGCUGAUGGCAGCAGCUGGACUGCUCUCGGCGUUGAUCAGCACGCAUAAGAAUUGGAAUUCUUGUUGAAGCCUGGAGGUACAUGUUAUAGAUAGCACAUCAUAUAAUGAAAUAAAGCUCUGAUUAUAGCGAUAACUAAGAGUUUCCUCUGGAAAUAUGGAUGCUCCUAAAACUGAUACCAGGUCCUCUGGGGAAUGAAUGAAGUUUAUUCUUAUUCAUUUGGUUGGACCAAGGAAUCUUGUGUUUUUUCAGCCAUCUUGAUCAUUCAAUAAUUUUUUUGUUCUUAAAAGUA